CCAAAGAGUAAAGACCCAAACAGACACAACGGCCCGAGUUGCUGACUGUUAAAUUGCAAUUAACUAUUUAAAUUAAAAUGGUCAGUGUGUUCUACUAUUCAUGUUAAUCAGUUUUUUAGUAAAUUGUUUGUUCAUACAUAUUUUAAACUUCACUCAACCUACAACUGACAUUUUCURCGCUACAUAUAAUUUUGUAGAAUAUGAGCAAAAAAGCAAAAACCACACCAAAGGAAGAAUUACCACCAGGAUCAUUAUUAAAAGAUAUUAAUGGUAUCGAAUGGGAAAUUAAAAAUAUUAUUGGUAGUGGAGGAUUUGGAUAUGUUUAUUGUGGAAUGAAAUAUAAGUGUAGAACAAAAACAGAAUAUGCUAUAAAAACGGAAAACAUGGAAAGUGGACCCCUAUUUGUUGAACGAAUGUUUUAUCUCAAAAACUUGAAGGAAGAAGAUGUGAAAAAAUGGGUAGCAAUCAAAAAGUUAAAAGAAUUACCACUGCCAAGAUUCUAUGGUUUUGGAAGUACUAUUCAUAAUGAUAACAAAUAUAGGUUUAUAGUCAUUGAAAAGUUUGAUAAAGACUUGGAGGCAUUUCUUCAAACUGUUUCAGAUGGGUUACUUCUAGGUGCUGUAAUYAACAUAAUUCGACAAAUUAUUGAUGCUUUAGAAUUCAUUCAUGAAUGUGGAUAUGUUCAUUGGGACAUCAAAUGUCAAAAUAUAUUUAUUGGUAAAAAGCCAAAAAAUAAUCAUGUGUAUUUAGGAGAUUUUGGAAUGGUAACUAAAUAUAAGAUUGAAGAUGUUAAACCAGAUAAAAAAUGUGCCAAUAAUGGUACUUUAAAUUAUAUAGCUCUAGAUGGCCACCUUGGAAUGCAUACUCGACGUGGUGAUCUUGAGAGCUUAAUGUACAAUGGCUUAGAAUGGUUAAAAUUAAAAUUACCUUGGAAAAAUUUAACAUUGCCAAAAACCAUUAAAUCUAAAAGUGAGAUGAAAGAUGCAAUUUUAACUGCAGGGCCGAAUAAAAAAAUUUAUGAUUAUAAUAAUGUUCCAAAUUGUUAUUUUGAAGCCAUGCGUUUGAUAUAUGAUCUGGAACCAGCUGAAAAGCCAGAUUAUGCUUUAUUAAAAAAGCUAUUAAAGCAGUAUAAAACAGAGAAGUUGAGUUCAAGAUGAACAACUUUAAAACUAAAUAUACCUAAUCCAUAUUUAAAAAAAUUGAUGUAUUGUAAAGUAUAUUAUAGUGUACA